AUGGCUUCCAGAGAAACCUGCCGAACUGAGCUCCGCUCCGCCGUCCGCCACCUCAGCGACCGCGGCCUAUACUCCGCCGCCAAAUGGGCAGCGGAGCAGUUAAUGGGGAUAGAGCAAGACCCCUCAAAGCACCCCCCUUCACACACUCGAUUCCAGCGGGGGAGCUCCUCCAUACGCCGCCGCUAUCGGACGGCCGGCCCGGCUGACGCCUCCGCCACCCCUUCCGGCGGAGUUUCAUACGUCACCACCCCAACAAUGUCGGUGCCCGAGGAGUACGAUUAUGAUAUGAUGGAUGGCGAUUUUUAUCUGCUGGCAAAGUCUUACUUUGACUGCAGGGAGUAUAGAAGGGCUGCUCAUGUGCUGAGGGACCAGACGGGCAAGAAAGCCGUGUUCUUGCGAUGCUAUGCACUUUAUUUGGCUGGAGAAAAGCGAAAAGAAGAAGAGAUGAUAGAACUCGAGGGACCUCUAGGCAAGAGUGAUGCCACCAACCGAGAGCUCGUCUCUCUAGAGAGAGAAUUGUCAAACCUCCGCAAAAACGGUACAAUCGACCCUUUUGGUCUUUACGUGUACGGUCUGGUCCUCAAGGAGAAAGGCACUGAAAAUCUCGCAAGAUCUGUUCUUGUCGAGUCCGUAAACAACUACCCUUGGAACUGGAGUGCUUGGUCUGAGCUUCAAACAUUAUGCACCACAAUUGAGACACUAAACGGUCUAAACCUCAACAACCACUGGAUGAAGGACUUUUUCCUAGCCAGCGCCUAUCAAGAGCUCCGCAUGCACAACGAGUCCUUAGCCAAAUACGAGUAUCUGCACGGGACUUUCACUUUCAGCAAUUAUAUCCAAGCCCAGAUUGCGAAAGCUCAGUACAACCUCAGGGAGUUCGAACAAGUGGAAGUUAUAUUCGAGGAGCUUUUACGAAACGAUCCUUACAGAAUCGAGGACAUGGACAUGUACUCCAAUGUGCUUUACGCCAAAGAAUGCUUUUCGGCACUUAGCUAUCUCGCUCACCGUGUUUUCUUAACCGAUAAGUACCGGCCCGAGUCAUGUUGUAUAGUGGGUAAUUAUUACAGCUUAAAGGGGCAGCACGAAAAAUCGGUCAUGUAUUUCCGGAGGGCUUUAAAAUUAAAUAAGAAUUAUUUAUCCGCAUGGACACUGAUGGGCCAUGAGUAUGUGGAGAUGAAAAAUACAUCGUCAGCCGUUGAUGCCUAUCGACGGGCUGUGGAUAUCAACCCGUGUGAUUAUCGGGCUUGGUACGGAUUAGGGCAAGCGUACGAGAUGAUGGGAAUGCCUUUCUACGCUCUUCAUUAUUUUAAAAAAUCUGUUUUCUUGCAGCCGAGUGAUUCUCGGCUGUGGAUUGCAAUGGCUCAGUGUUACGAAACCGAACAACUUCACAUGCUUGAGGAGGCCAUUAAGUGCUAUGAACGGGCGGCUGAUUGUAAUGACAGGGAAGCUAUUGCCUUGCACCAGCUGGCAAAGCUUCAUUGUGAGCUUGGUCGAGCUGACGAGGCCGCGUUUUAUUACAGGAAGGAUUUGGAGAGGAUGGAGGCUGAGGAGAGAGAAGGACCGAACAUGGUUGAGGCUUUGAUGUAUUUGGCUCAACAUUGUAAGACUCGGAAGAAAUUUGAUGAGGCCGAGGUUUACUGUACCCGCCUUCUUGACUACACUGGCCCGGAGAAGGAAACUGCUCGAGAUCUUCUAAGUGGAAUCAGAUAUGCAAGGGAUGUCGAGCAUUUCCCGCCAUAA